AAAUAAUACCCCUUUGUUCGGACCGUCGAAGCAGGGGAGAACCGAAGAAGAAGAAGAAGAAGAGAGACAGCGGCGACGUCGAGAGAGAGAGAUCGGUGCCGCCAGUUUCCGACACCGGAAAAUAUCACUCCAUCGAGGAGAAAAGGGUAAAAGGAGUCCGUGCAAGGCAAAGCCAAAUCAAAGAUCUAGGGCAUGCCUCUGUGAUUAGCAGGUUGUGGGUCAUGUGAUGGACAGCAUUGUAGAUGCACUGAACAAUGCAUAUCAGGAAUUUGUGGCUGCGGCAGGAGGUGUGCUUGAAGCUAAGGAGCUCUCAGGUGGCCAGAAAACGGCAGCAACGGAUGCUGCUUUGGAGAAAUUCAAACAGCAGUGGGAACUGUUUAGGGUUGCUUGCGAUCAGGCAGAGGAGUUCGUGGAAUCUGUCAAGCAAAGGAUAGGUUCAGAAUGCCUAGUGGAUGAGGCGACUGGUUCGGUUGCAACAAGGCCAGGGCCUGGUUCUGCAGGUCUCCCACCUAUCAGUGCUGUUCGAUUGGAGCAGAUGAGUAAAGCCGUACGAUGGCUCGUCAUAGAACUCCAGCAUGGGUCUGGAAAUGCCAAUGCCUCCCAUGCUCAUUCUUCUGUUCCUUUUGAUGCCAGAUUUUCAGAAGAUGCAGCCCAAUAGCAUGUGUAAUGGUGUUCAGAAUGUCGAAGAAACAAGUCUGGAGGACAAAGGCAACAAGGUGGUGUCGUUAGCAGCAGCUACCCUAUAAUUGGAUGCAAGGAGUCUCAGAUGUGCCUUAUACAUCUCGUAAAAAAAUUCUAGUUUUCAUGUGAUUAGCAUGCAAGGAUGGUAUAUGUAGUUGCAUCUCACUGUCAAAUGAAGCAAUGUAUACAUUUUGAGCAUUUCUUAUAUGCUGUUAAAGUUCUGUCUAAAGUGGAUUUCUUCAAGUA